CUGACUGGAUGUUGGAGGACUGAGAGGAGGAGGACUAGCUGUUGCAGUAACAACAUCCUGGAUAUUGGAGCCUGGCGGCGCACAAGGCUACAGAAAUAAAGGAGGAACCAAGACGUUAGGGAGGCGGUGGUAGUAAUCGCAAAUGCCUUAGUGUAAAGAAGCACAGACAUGAACGUGAACUUGGCAGCUUUCAGUCAUUAAUUGUGGAUUUAUGGUCUAUGGCGCCGAUUGAUCCCGAGGCACCGACAAGGUGAUGCAGGAGCGGCAGGACCGGAUCAGUCCGCUACACGGCUGCCAGCUGAAUGCCUUUACUGAAGGGAAACGGCGCAGCACACGUCCAGCGCAGGCCGGCGUGAUCUUUCAUUAAAACAGGACAGUAUGUAGAGAGGAUCAGCAAGCAGCUGCUAUACCCCCGUGUUUACUUUCAUUAUUGUAUCGGCUCUCAAUAUCGCUCUCCGGCUAAGGAGUCACUGCCACGGCAUCAAGCGGAUCAGGCCUGGGCUGAAACACCGUGCGCACUUCGCGAUAUUUACCGUGGAAAGCGCGUAAUGUGACGCGAACUUCUAUCGUUAACGAGCAUAACAAAAGCACCUAGUGCUAUUUCAUUGUGUUUACUAUCCGCUCGUCCAGUUUUCUGUAUAUUUACUAGGGUUGCGAUACAGUUUUCUCUUCUUCUUAUCAAACUGCUUUCCCCCAUCAACAACAGAUUUUUUUAUUGAUAGUUUAAGAUAAAUAACACGCCUAACGGAGGUGAGGGUGGACUCGCCGUUUACCGUGAAGAUAACGACUCGACCCAACCCGCCUUGACACAGAGAAGCGAGGAUCAUGGAUCGGAAUGAUAAAAAGACCCUCACGAGCAAGUGGAAUCAGUUGUGAUCUACUGGACAACUCCAUUUCUAAGAGAUAAGCAGACGUUCGCAGUCAAGCUCUCAUUACCGCAAUGAGAUAAUAGUGUGGCUCACACAAAAACAACCUUGACGCUUAUCCCACCAGAUUCCAGUUCAUCGUCAAAAUAUGACCACGCCGGCUCUAUUGCCACUAUCGGGACGUAGGAUACCUACCCUCUCGCCAGGUGCCUCCUCAUUCCCCCAUCACAGAGCCACCUUGCGGCUCUCAGAGAAAUUCAUCCUCCUCCUCAUCCUCAGUGCCUUCAUCACCUUGUGCUUCGGAGCAUUUUUCUUCCUCCCGGACAAUUCCAAACACAAGCGCUUUGACUUCGGUUUGGAGGACGUAUUGAUACCACACAUCGAGUCGGAGAAGGAGGCCAGGCACAGCAGCAGACAGGGCAUACAUGGCGUGGGAGCUCACGACGAGCAUCGACACAGGGAGGAAGAGGAGAGCCUUCGUGACAAGAUCCGGGCAGAUCACGAGCGGGCACUGCAGGAGGCCAAGGAAAAGCUCCGUAAAUCCAAAGAGGAGCUGAAGGCAGAGAUCCAGACAGAGAAGACCAAGGUAGUCGAGGACCUGAAGAAGAAAGAUGGACCCAAACCACUGCCUCCAGUACCUAUGCCCAAACUAGUAGGGGUCAAAGAUGGUGACCCAGGGGACCCUGACACCAAGGAAAAAAGGGACAAAAUCAGAGAGAUGAUGAAACACGCAUGGGACAGCUACAGGCAAUAUGGCUGGGGCCACAACGAGCUCAAACCCAUCGCCAAGAAAGGACAUUCCACCAAUAUCUUCGGUAAUUCCCAGAUGGGGGCCACUAUAGUAGACGCCCUGGAUACCCUUUACAUAAUGGGCCUCCACGAUGAGUUUAAGGAUGGCCAGGAGUGGAUCAAGCAAAACUUGGAUUUCAGUGUGAAUGCAGAAGUAUCUGUCUUUGAGGUCAACAUCCGCUUCAUUGGAGGGCUUCUGGCUGCAUACUACCUCUCCGGACAGGAGGUUUUUAAGGUGAAGGCUGUCCAGCUGGCAGAAAAGCUGCUUCCUGCCUUCAACACCCCAACAGGCAUCCCUUGGGCCAUGGUUAAUUUGAAGAGUGGAGUGGGGCGUAACUGGGGCUGGGCGUCAGCUGGAAGCAGUAUUCUGGCUGAGUUUGGGACGCUGCACAUGGAGUUUGUGCACCUGACGUAUCUGACUGGAAACCCUGCCUACUAUCAGAAGGUGAUGCACAUACGGAAGCUGCUGGCUAAGAUGGACCGACCCAAUGGGCUUUACCCCAACUACCUGAACCCACGCACUGGACGCUGGGGCCAGCAUCACACCUCAGUAGGUGGGUUGGGUGAUAGUUUCUAUGAGUACCUGUUGAAGGCCUGGCUGAUGUCUGAUAAAACGGACACAGAGGCACGCAAGACGUACGAUGAUGCCAUCGAGGCAAUUGAGCGCCACCUCAUCCGUAAGUCCAAUGGUGGCCUUACUUUCAUCGGGGAGUGGAAAAACGGCCACUUGGAGCGUAAGAUGGGUCACCUGACUUGCUUUGCUGGGGGUAUGUUUGCCCUGGGGGCUGAUGGGUCGCCAGAUGAUAAAGCUGGACACUAUCUGCAGCUCGGAGCAGAGAUUGCACACACCUGCCAUGAAAGCUACGAUCGCACUGUGCUGAAGCUCGGCCCAGAAGCCUUUAAGUUCGACAGUGGGUUGGAAGCCGUGGCUGUGAGACAGAAUGAGAAAUACUAUAUCCUGAGGCCUGAGGUCAUCGAGACGUACUGGUACAUGUGGAGAUUUACCCACGACCCCAAAUACAGGCAGUGGGGUUGGGAAGCAGCGCAGGCUAUAGAUAAAUACUGCCGAGUGAGCGGAGGAUUCUCUGGUGUUAAAGACGUCUACUCCUCCAACCCCACCUAUGAUGAUGUCCAGCAAAGCUUCUUCCUGGCGGAAACCCUCAAGUAUCUCUAUCUACUUUUCUCCAGCGAUGAGCUGCUGCCUCUUGAGAACUGGGUGUUCAACACGGAGGCCCAUCCUCUGCCCGUCCUGCACCUGGGCAACAUCACCCUGCCUGGCAGCGAGACCCAGCGGUAGAGCGGACUCACCGGGGGGGCGCUCUCCCCCUCGCUCGCCCCGUUUCUAAACAUCUCCCUCCUUGUGAAAGACAGCAGCUGCCAGUGCAAAGGAGAGGAGAGAACUUAUACCCACCAACCCCUGUCUCCUCCUGGACCGUGAAUCAUGGGACUGCAGUGAACGGAGGGGACUGGAACAGACCCAUCUCUCUUUAUCUAUGUCUCUCUCAUAUAUUCUCUGAAGGACAGACUGCCGGAUUGAUCAUGUGUCUCUCUCUUGUGGCCGCAGGUCUGACAUGUUCGUACACACUGUAUAUGCAUUGGCAGACUAAAAGACCCUCUGAAAUGGAUGUUUGUUUCUCACUGGGGAAGGAUUUUAACAAGUUAAUAUGUACCCCCCCCCCACCCCCCACUCUCUGUAUAAUUCGGUGGCAUUUCAUAUCAUCAGCUCAGCUCUAAAUCAAAAUGAUGGAUAAAUGUUUGUUUUGUUUUUUGGACCAGACUGCCUUCAGAGCCUUUGACUCUCUGAGCUGGGCUUCUGGAGAUGGCAGAUGUUGGAUGUGACCUGUGAAAUCUUUCUCCAGCUGAGGCUGAAUUUAGGCCAGAGGCACCAGGAAUGUUCUUUUCACCUGGAUUUCUCUUCAGACAGUCUCUCCGAGGUCUCUUUGUUAAGGUUAGGGGGUAAAAAGGGACACAUGCUGCUAUCGAACAGCUGCUGCCUGUGACACGGUCACCACCGUCAUUCCAGAAACCUUCACUUUCUGCAUCGUUCCAUUCCCAUCUUCUUCUUUUUUUUUUUUCCAUCCAUUGUGAAUGCCCAGAGUGUCAUUCAUACUGCAUUCUGAAAAAAGGAUGGGCUGGUGUUUGGUUAUGCAUCACAAUGAAUCACCACUUGAAGAGACUGUAUCAUGUGGAGAGAAAUCACAGUGCUCUAGAUGCUAAUGUUCACGGCAGUCACCAUUUGUUUUCAUUUGUCGAUUGUGCCGCUCUGUUAGACCAGACCAGAUUCUUUCAACAGCCAAGGUUUACCACUAAUCGUAGCCAACGAGCUAGAGAUUUAUAUAUAUGGGGUUAAGAGUUCAUAAACACACUGUGUGCCCUUUACAAGAAACCUAGAGUAAAUAAACAAUGCAAGGAUUUGAAAGGCCAUUGCAUAACAACUAAGCCCAUGAUGUAUGAUGUUGGGAAUACUCCCGAAUGCUUUUUGUCAUUUCAGUUUCUGGAUGUGUCUUCUUUAGUCAAAUGCAUAUCUCUGAGUUUUAACAUGACUUAUUCAGUCCUGGACAUGUUUUCUGAAACACGGUGGUGGUAGCCAGAUUUCUGAUAUCAGAUGACUAAACACAACCUGCAGCCAAUCAUAUUGAAGAAUUUUGUUUGUUUGUAUUUUUUUUUUUUUUGGUUUAAUGACCUUUAAUGAAUAUUGAUUCAGUCUCUUUAGAAGAUGUGCUCAGCCUUAUGCUUUCAGACUCGAGUUGUUUUUUUGUUUGUUUUUUAUCUUCAAGUGUGUAAAAUGGCACAUCCACCGAAGAUUUCAUGUAGUCGACCAGAAGGAAAGCUAAUUAUUUUCUCAUCUUGGUUAAUGAAGAAACUGUGAGAAUUAGUGUGUCAGGAAGACUCAAGCACCACUGAUGGGAUGCUGGGUGCCAUCGAUCAGCCCCCCUUAAGGGUCUUUCACUUUAUAUCCCGUCAUUUCAGUUCCUCAGUUCCUAAAGCUCUCAUCUGAGUGUGUGUGAGAGAUGUGUCCUCCCCUCUAGAUGGCAGCAGUGGUGUCCUGCUGCCCCUGAAUGGCAUUUCUUUUCUUUUCUUUUCUCCCAGUAACAUGACUGACUUAAUGGUGAGUGAAGCCCGGGCCAAAACUCUUCCCAGUUGUUGGUGGGUGGGUUUUGACAAAGCUGUGCUCUGUAUUUGUAUUUUUACUGAACAAAAAAAUAUAUAAUAAUUGUAAAUAUGUUUAAAAUGCCACACAAAUUCAAUAAAGAUGUUACAAGAAA